CCUCAACAUGUGGUCAUCAAACGGGAGGGCGAUUGGAUUGUAGUCGGGAAGACGAUACGAGAUGAGACGACGUUCUCAAACGCGGGCGUCCCCGAUUCUAGACAGAUUCUCCGCGGUGAUCGUUUCGAUUCCAACGAGAACAAAGUUCGACAUGGAGAUUUCGUCCGUCCGUGUCGGAGAGAAGGGGCGGCCUGAUCAUGCACGCAAGAGAUGCUGCUAUUGCGGACCACAGUUAGACUCUUGAUUACUUGUUUCAUCAGCGUCCCUGGAAUCCAGAAAAUCAUCCCCGUCGACACCAGAGUUCAUUGAUGCAGAAUGAAUCAGAAGGUGGCGCACUUGAUCUGCUUCGAACGGGUUUUGACACUUGCCGAGGACAGAGGGAAGGCCCUUCAUGAUCAAGUCUGGCUCUUCGCGUCGGAGUUUGUCUGCUCUCGAAGAUCGCGGGACUCCAGGGCGGCACUCACGUUCCACCGAGUGGCACAUGGAUGCACCUCGUAUAUCAACUGUUAUGUCUCUCACAGACGGAGU